UAUUUAAAAUAUUGACAAAUAUUUCUAAUAUAGCACAAAACAGAAAGAAUUUUUAGUUUUUUUGUGACAAUAGAGAAAUCGAGUUGAAUAACGUAAGAUUGUGUUGUUAAGGAACGCAUUCUUCCGGCAUAGAAAAUCGCACUCUCUCUUGUAUACCGGUUUUAAUUUUUGUCGCGAGCCUCUCUAUCGCUCUCGCGAUCUGUGAAUAAUUGAUGCUAACGCGUUAAUUUAAUUCGCUUGACUGACGCGACGAAGCGACUUGACAACUCGCUGCUGUUGUUUUUCCUCGCACGAGGAAAUUUUUACUCCGAUUGAAAGGAAUCAAACACGAACAAACGUAUCGUUCUCCCAAAUUUUAUUGUAUAAAAUGAAAUUUGAUUAAGCAACAAAUAACGUACGAAAUUAGUUCCCAAAGUUAUAAACACAAGUUAUAGCUAUUAUGCAUUAUGCGCUGUUUAAUUUUAUUCUCCACAGACUUUAGAGGCCUCUAGAGUGCUGUCGAAACUUUCGAGAGAAUAUCAUAUAUUUGCAUGUCGUGUUUAGGAGAAACAAUGUUCGCGUUAUAUUUCCCACAUGACUUACGUGUUAUUUUAUACGCGUGCGAUAUUCAUUAAAAUUAUUGAUAUUGCCCGAUCGUAAUCACGAUCUGGCUUAGAUAAAACGAUACACCGACACGUUGAGUUUGCGCGCAAAAUUUAUUUGACUAAAUUUGAAGAUUGGUCGAGAAAAUUAAGCGAUCACGAUCCUUAUUCUGAUACAGAUUGACCGACAUGAUAUCUAGGUUGGCGCAUAUAAUUAACUCAUCGCUCUCUGGCGCGUCCGGAGAUGACCCACUCGCGGGAAAACGGUCGUGCACUCUAAAUACAUCGUGGUCAUAAACGCUUUUAACUCUUUAUACGAAAGACAUUUCAGAAAGAGAGUUUUGAACAUUUUUGAUUUAAUAUAUUACGCAGGAUAUUCCAAGUUUUUCGCGCUUCCUUUUAUCUACAAUUUCUUUGAUCUAUUUGGAGCAGAAAUAAGUUUUAAUGAUUUUGAAAUGAAAAGCAUUUUUAAAGAACUUUGCAGUUGCAAGUGAUUAAAAAUUAAAAAUUUGUAUAAUUAAACUUUGAAACUUUAUGUAGAUAAUAAAACCUUAGUUUUUCUACUCUCAUUUUCGACUAAGUUGCGAUAAAAAUUUUAUUUGAAAUUUGAAUAUAUAUAUCAAAAAGAUUAUGAAAGAUUGUGAAUUAUAUACAGUAUCCAAUUAAAUAUUAUCGGUUGCAAAAUACUCGAUAAAUCUGUGUAAGGGUGUAGAGUUCUUGGAAUAAUUUCUAUUCGAAAAUAAUAUUUUCCUUAAUCGUCUCGAUAAUUUUUGUUUACCUCGAUGUACAAAACAUGUAUACAGCUUUGACCCGAUUGAAGAAGGUUGAAAGAACGAAUGUGGGGAUUAGUUUCACAGUACUCGCGCCGCAAACACAGGUAAAUCAUCAUGCGAGGAAGUCGCGGUUAACCUGAAGUCUUUCGGAUGUCGCGUCGCGUUGGUUUAGAGAUGCGAGCGUGACAGCGGCUUAAGACGCGAAAAUAGUCUCUGCAGCGGCCUCUGUAUUGCUCAUCGUCGUCGUCGUCGUCGUCGUUGACGAUGCCCGAACGAACGAGGCUACGCGUUUAGUCUCAAACUGGAAGCAAUCGCGAGUAGAGCGAGUGGCACGGUGUACUUGGAGUUUGACUUCAGAUACGCGCAAGGAAUUAAUUUCGAAGGAAAACAAAAACACACGACGAUAACGUGAAGUAAAAAAAGAUUUGUUAGAAUUUGACACGAAGGAACUGACAAAGCGUUUCGCACGCGAUAGAGACGAAUAAGCAACGAUAAGGAGACGAGACGCUCGGAUGAAUCUGACGGAACCGAUUGAAUUCUGGACUCGUCGUACUCGUCUGACGACCAUCACAGGAUCUCCGGAAGAAUUCAAGAUUUCGGAAGUAGAGAAACGUUCUCGUCGUAGCGCGAGAGAGAAAGAGAGAUAGAGAGAAAUAAAUUGACAAUACGAUGGAAACGAGAAAAGACCAUCGAUCGACGAUAAAGAUCUUCGAUAAAAGCGAACCACGAUCGGACGAAUUGCCAAUUGCGCUGAUUCAUAGAGCGGGAAUCAGCGAUCUUUUGGCGAGACAGACGAUGGCCUGGUGUCGUCACUGGCUGCAAACGUUUCCCAUAAGAAUGACGUUAAACAACGUCGGAUUGUUGACAGUGUUCUUGGCGAUAAUGUCGCCGCGAUCCCUAAUUUACACGCUCGUUUAUCCUAUUUUCAGAUUAGUUUUCGGCACUCUUUACCCAGCAUACGCUUCCUACAAGGCGGUGCGCACGAAGAAUGUCAAGGAAUACGUCAAAUGGAUGAUGUACUGGAUCGUGUUCGCGCUAUUCACGUGCGCGGAAACAUUUACCGAUGUCUUCUUUAGUUUUUGGUUCCCAUUUUACUAUGAGAUUAAAAUCAUCUUGGUACUAUGGCUGCUGAGCCCGGCUACUAAAGGCUCCAGUAUCCUUUACCGACGCUUCGUGCAUCCCGCACUAAUCCGUCGUGAAGCCGAGAUCGACGAAGCCAUAGCACGCGCGACUGAGCAGGGUUACACGGCGGUGCUGCAUCUUGGUACCAAGGGCGUAAACUAUGCCACCACGGUCCUCAUGCAGACCGCCAUCAAGAAUCUCCCGAUCGUAUUCCCGAACACGACGAGUGCACUCCCCGACCGCCAAUCAGACCCGGCGAUUUCUAGCUUAGCCAACACCAGAACGACGACGCGGUUAAACAACCAGCAGCUGGACGGGCCGGAUUGUCCGGACGGCAAUGCGAUCUGCAACCAACAUGCUAAAUCUGAUAAUCUCGUGAUGGGCGACGCAGACGCAUUGUCCAUCGACUGGGAGCAUCGCGACUCGACGGACGACGACGAAGAGAUAAUGCAGGAGCUACCGACGACGGACACCGAUCACGAGUUGCCGGACGAGGAGCCAGGUGGCGGCGGACUGGUGCAACAAUUGAGAAAAAGUUACAGCCUCAGUGAUCUAACCGGCGAAAAGGAGGAUGAAAAUAGAAACACACCCGAUGCGCGUGACGAGACAGACAUGGAAGUAGAACCUCGUCGAAGAGAGCAUACCGGCAGAAGAGGCUACAGCCCUCGCAGAACCCAGUCCAGCAGCAAUGCGUCUCGAGUAGAUAUGUAUUUUUCCGAAGUGGAUGUUGAUGUUCGACAACCAAGGCCUAGGGAACCCAUAGCUAGUUUAACAAAUAUAAGGUCUUCGGAAGACAUAUCUAGCGGUUAUAGUAGCGGCGAGGCAUUGCAGUCUCAGCGCAUUACUUCUCAGGUUGACAGCUUAGUAAGAACGUCGAGCGUCGGCGCGAGAACGCGCGUGAAACCUCGUUCCACCACGAAAAAGACACCAGAAGACAAGAGCGAGGAUUUCAACCACAUCGAUCUUCCAUCUCCUGAAAAUAUCUCCCUCCCGUCGUCCCUGAAUGUUCUCACUCCCGAACAAGCUAUCGAGCUUCUGCUAUUGUUUUCUCAGAAUAACAAAUCGAAAGAUUGUCCGAUACUUGAAUCUAUCGCGACUUGUAUCGAUGAAUCCGUAAACGAAAAUCAAUCCGCGAUAAAAAUAGAAGACAACGAAUCGUCAUCGACGGAGUCGAGUGGUGAAUUCGUAGACACUGAUUCGGCUCAAGUAGAUUUACAAACGGUGCAAACUAUAGAAAUCGAGAAUAUCUCGAUGGAAAAGCUAUCGAUACCUGCAAUAGCAGAAAGCGCAGAUAAAAUAAAUGUCGAUAACUCGAUAAAAGAACUUAAUUUUCAGCAAGAUGAGUCUCAAAUGCAAAUUGAAUAUGACGAUAAAGAUUCAAGAGCCGGUCAGGUAGACUCUUCUCAAAACCCCGAUAUUGAUGCUGACAUCGAACAAACAACUAGCGAAAUAUGUCAACAAAAGUUCAAUGAGCUGAAGGAAUUGUUGAACGAUGCGCAUAAAAUUGCGACAAGCAUCGUAUCUUCUCAAGAAAAGUUGAAUACGAUUGACAAAGGUAAGGAAUAUGACGUAAAUGUAUCAGGAAUGAAAGUUGACGAUUCUCCGACCAGAGAAUACGAUACUACGAUCCAGCGAUCUGUUACGCCGAUUUCAUCAAGUUGUAAUCUUGACAGCGAUAAUCGCGCAGGAAAAUAUCACAAAAAACCCGCUCCGAAAGCUCCAUUAGAUACUGAAGCAAUAACAAAUAAUGAAGACACCAACGAAAACGAGUCUCAAAACGCCUUGAAGGCUACUUUAAUCAUUAAAACUGGAACGUUAAGAACUGUUUCAAAUGCGGACGCUACGAAAGAUAUUUUCUUGGCACAUACAACGGAUUUGAAAAAGAGAAAGAAGAAAUCCAAUAGAUUACGCGCUAAGGAGAGUUUUUCCAAAUUAUUAACGAUCCCGAAAAACAUCUUUCACAAUGCUUUCCAUAAGGAGCAAAGCGAAACUUCUUCCAAGGAGGAUGAUUCCAGUUCCACGUUCUCCGAGACCAGCGAAUCAGUGUCGAGAUCGGGUAGUAUAGGGUCCCAGAUGUGCGUGGACGCAUCCGCAAAAUUAUCGACUUCGAGGCAGGAAAUAGAUGUGGAAGAGAUUUCAUUGAGAGCGGAAUGUGAUAAUACUAAAAGUUUUUAUAAAGAUGCCAAUUCUGCUGAAAAAUCGGAUACUCUUAUCGUACCAUUGAAUGAAAAAGAUCUCAAUAAAAUUAAAAAUAAUAAGACUCGAAACGAUGCAAGAAAUAUAGAGGACUUUGAAAAUUAUGAAAAGAAUCUUGAAAGUAAAUCCAAUUUGGAGAUUUGUGAGAUGUCACAAUCGCUGCCUCACAGUAGCAAAACAGAGAUUAUCACCGAUAUUAUUUAAAAUCAUUUUGUAGAGAUUAUUUAAUCGCAAAAUCAUAUGUAUUUGCUUUUGCUAGUAUCUUUAAGAUAUAAGAAAAAAAGCUUGUUCCUUCUCCUAUUCCAUUUCCCCAUAUUUCAUAAAUAUUUUAUCCUAAUUGGAAAUCCGGGCAGAAGAAAUGGACUGAUCCGUUAAGAUCAUUACGAGUUUUGCUACUUUGCCUCGCAGUAAGAAGACCAGUAAGAAAAAGGUGGCAUGAAACUUAACUGCUGCUGACCGUAUUAAGGAAUAAGACCAAGUCUCUUUUCUAAUGGAAGCAAAAUAUUUUCGUGUGAAUCUAAUUUUGCACGGAGCCAUAUAUAACGGGCACAUGCUAUUGGUCAGCAGCCACUAUUGAUUAGCCGAAACACGUGAUGUAUACAACUAAGUGUUUCUAGCACCGAUAUUUCUUAAUUUAACUUUUUAAUCAUUCAUUUAUAUUUUAUUGAUCGCGCGCGUUUUAAUAUUUAUUAUUCGAAGAGAAACUCAAUCUUUUCCUCAAAGUUAUUUGCAACGAGCUUGCUGGAUAUACGCGAGAGACAAAGAGAAAUUCUGGCAGUCUUAUCAUAUUUACAAAUAUUAUUUGUAUCGAUCAUAUGUUACACCGUUGCUCACAGUCAUCCGAAAAUGUUGUUACACAUUAAUAUCCUGAAUAAUUUCCCAUAUGUAUCCUAAACUCUCUCUGGAGAGUCUAGCUUUUAUAUACUAAUGUUUGUGCUGUAUAGUAAGGAGAACUUGAUACAUAUUGCACGCAGUAUAUCUGCUUUAAGAGUAAGCUUUGAUUAUACGUAACGAAAUUUGCCAUACCUGCGGUGUAACCGAAUGACAUAGAAGAGUUCUCUCGUUACCCAAACAGAAAAUCAAUGGAAUAUUGAUUCUCCGGCAAAAUGACAGGCGUCACGUACAAUAAGGGGAACUCUACAUCCUGCGAAACUAUGUAGAAUGACUUUGAUAUUGCAAACGCUAUUGUAAUUUGAACAAACUUCGAGUCUAGUCAAUAGAAAAAUCUGAAUAGGAACUUAGGCCAUACUGAAAUAGUGCCACGCGAUUACCCCCCCCCCCUCUCUUUGUAAUCUUCUUUUCAUUACUAAAUAGUAAUGGACUGUGUCUAAUUAUGAUUGGGUAUGUGUAGAGUAUCGUGUGAAUAUAAUUGAAUAGCUAUUCUCCCCUUUAUGGAAUCUGAAGUUCGAGAAAUCGCAUGAGUUUCUUAAAAACUCUAGACAACUAUGCGAUCCUGCUUAAGGACCAACAUUUGUCUACUAAAUUGUGACAAAUUGUUAAAGAUAUUGUUAACAUUUCGUGAAAUCGUUUUUAAUUUUUGCACACUUCGAUGAAGAUAGGAUACUAACGUACACCGAUAGCGAGUAUUAUACGACGCUGGCUAUAUAUAUUCUUCAUUUCAGUUUUAUUGCUUUCAUAAUUUAAGAUAUACUUUAUAUGUGCGAUUUACAGCUCACUUAAUUAUUUACCCUAAUUUUCGAUUAUAAUUAUGUUUUUCGUAUCGAUAUUCUUUCAUUACAGCGAACGAUUUUCCAUCGUACGCUCAUGAAAGACUUACGCACAAGUGCUAUUGAUGACUAUUUCGAAUUAAUUGUAUGUAUAUUAACAGAUUCGUAUAUAUAUAGUUUAUAUCGUAUUGUACUUUAACGUUCAUUGCAUAUCUUAGGAAAAAUUGACAUUAUGUAAUUAUUGUAAAUUAGGAAAAAAAAGAAAGGAAAAUGCAAGAGACGCGGCGUUAAUUUAUUAGUUAAAAGCUCGAUAAGAGUAAAAUAUUCGAUUUAUUACUCGAUUAACGAUUGUUGAUUUUGCGCAUAUA